AUGGAUCCCACGCAAUGGUCUUCGGGCUUUACUGGCACGCCCACGCUGUCGAUAUCACCGGCGCCUCGCAGCACCUCACGCAACUCGCGCAACUCGCGCAACUCACCCGCUCCAGCUCAGCCAUACACCAUGGCUUCGUCUUCGUACCCGCCUACUUACGGCUUCACUGACCCGACCGUCCCCAAUCAAAGCACUCCAAACCCGCACCAACCUUCCGCGUCAGGAAGCCCGGUACCAAUGUCGACGACCGCUCACCCUCAGAGUAACCAUACAGGCUAUCUCGCGGCCUCGUCUCCCGUCAUGCAGACUCCGGCAAUGGGCUUUCCUACAUUUCGCUAUGCCGCUAACCCGGGCAUCAAGGACCGCUUUGGCAUCGCAGGCCAAGCCGAGAGUCAACAACAGCAAGCGCUCCAAGCACAGUAUCAGCAGCACUUGUACCAGCAACAACAGUUCCAGCAGCAGUAUGAGCAGAACCAAUACCAGAAGCAGCUGUACCAGCAGUACCAGCAACAGCGCCAGCAACAGCAGUAUCAGCAACAGCGCCAGCAACAGGCGCAACCUCUGCACCAGGCUUCCGCUUUGGUUGGCACCGUCAACCAGCAACUCUUGACUGUACCUCAGCAACAGAGGCAUCAGCAGCUACAGCAGUUUUCCUCACCCAUUCCCCCACCCACGGCUGCCAAUCAACAACAGUAUCUUCAGCCUCAACUGCUCGCGGCAGCGUCACCGAACCAGAUCAACUCCCAGAUAAGCCAACAGCACAACUUCACAAGCAACGAGACCAGCGCGCCAGCUGCUCCCGCCGCGGUCUCGCCCAGCACCACCGUCUUCACCACCGCUGCUCCCGUCGCCGAUGCCCCCGUCACCGACUCCCCUGCCAUCAGUUCCCCUUCCACCGGCGCCGUUCCUGCCCCAACCACCACCACCACCACCGCAGCAGCACAGCAGCAGCAACAGCAACAACAACACCACCAAAACCAACCCCACCACCAACCCACCGACCACAUCAACCUCAACCCCAACCUGAUGCCCCCACCCGCCCCGCUCAUCGAGCCGCACCCGCUCUCCAAAUCCGUCGCCUCCCUCGUCCUCCUCCACCACCCCCUCCCCCAGCGCGCCGUCGCACAGCUCUCCAUGACCACAGCCUCCAGCCUACUCCGCCUCUUCGCCGACUUCGAAUACCGCGACCUAUCAGCCGACCACCACCACCAGCACCGGCCCAGCGACGUCGCCCAGCUGACGCCGACGACGCGCGCGUGGCUGGCGGCGCACCUGCGCGAGCUCAACGCCGCGAGGCGCGUGAGCGCCGCACGCCUGUGCGCGCGGUGGCAGCGGUGCGUGCGCGAGCGGUGCGUCCGCGUCCGCGUCGCGGGUUCGCGGACCGGGGGCAAGGUGGAGUGGGUGCCGCAGGAGGGGCCGGAGGUGCCGGGGGGCAGCGAGUGGGAGCUGAAGAUGUUGGAUUGGGAGGCGCGGGAGGCGUUGGGGAGGGUGGAGAGGCUGUCGGAGGAGGAUCGGAGGAAGGGGCGGGCUUUCGUCAUGCCGUUGAUCAGGCCGGGGUGGGAGUUCUUGCAGCUGAGGCAGGUGAGGGGGCCGAGUGCGAAGGAGUGGGAGGAUUUCGUGGUGGAUGAUGUGGGGGAGUUGAGGAGGCAGAGGGAGAGUAGGGAGAAGGAGGAGAGGGAGAGGGAGGAGAGGAGGGUGGCGGGCGAGGAUGAGGAUGGGGGGAGCGGGGAUGAUGGUGGUGGUGGUGAUGAUGAGGUUAGGGUUGUUGGGUCGAGGGUUCUGAGCGAUGAGGAGAUGAGGGCGGUUGCGGCGCAGAGGGGGGCGAGGGCUGCGAGGCAGUCGGCUUCGACGAAGAAUGUUGCUGCUGCGAGCAGUAAGCCGAAGAAGGCGUCGCUGAAGUCGGCGGCUCAGAAGAAGACGCAAGGCAGGAAGAAGAGUGCCGCAGCGAAGGCCAAGGAGAAGUCUUCCAAGCGCGUGGAGUUCAGCCAUGUUGCAGAAAACGCCGGCCAGACCAACGUCACAGCUCCUAUACAGUCGGCUCCGCAGGUAGCGGAUUAUCCUCCCAUCUAUGGCGAGGCGCCUCAGAGCACCAACCAGGACACCUCCGUUGCUACCGCCGACGCCAGCAACACUCCAACUGCUCAAGUGUCUGAUUAUCCACCCAUCUACGGCGAGGUGCCUCAGAACACCAACCAGGACACCUCCGUUGCUACCGCCGCCGCCGCCAGCAAUACUCCGACUGCUCAAGUGUCCGAUUAUCCUCCCAUAUUUGCCGACGACACCACACCCUCAGGACUACCCGACUACCCUCCCAUUCACGCCACCAGCACUGCCUCCCCUGUGGUUUCCAAUCACGGUCCCACUCACGCCACCGACAACACAACCGUCGGCGAGUCCGCCAUCUCUCCCAGCACUCAGCCCAGCCCCACCGCGACCGGCGCCUCGAACGCCCAGCCUCCCUUCAUAGGCACUUCGAUCGACCCCCCUAGUAUCGGCGAGUCCCUUGGUUCGGGAACAAACGAUGCGACUGAAAUUUCGAGCGGGGCUUCGGGUUCUGCUCUGCUGGGUAACCAGACUUCCGCCGACCCGGACAGCCACAAUGGCGGCGGCGGCGGCGGCGACGACGGCAACGUCGAGGCUGAAGGAACGAUACCGCCGCAUGUGGAUGGCGUUUCCAAGUCCAACAAUCAUGGGGACAAUGAUGAGCUAUAUGACCUCUUUAAGGGUCUUGGCGAUGAGUGA